CAAUGGAAAACUUUAUUCCGGGGUUGACUCCUCAAGAUUUCUUCGAAGUAUAUAAAGUUCUCGUGAAGACAGAAUUGUUGGAAAAUAAAUCGUUGGUUUCUGGAAGUGAAAUUUUGGAAAGAUUUACACAAGAUUUGAUGAUUUGUAAGUAUAUAUUACUGAGAAUAUUUGUGGAACUACUGAGAAUUUGUUUAAGGGUAGAUUUGCGACCUUAUAUAUAUAGGGAUCUGAUGUGGUAUAGUGGUGUACAGUAGAGUAUACAGGACUAUAGCAGGGUACUAUUCUCAUAUAACAUUGUGGGAACAUAGCAGUCAUAUUGCUUGUAUAUUGUCCACCUCACUAGGAAUGGGUGGACUUCACCCAAAGUCAGACCAGUUUGAAUAAACUUAUAGUUUAGAUGUUUCCUUCUGUAUUUCCGUGUACACACUUGAUCUACACUGCAGGAUGAGCUUUGAAAAGGUUAAUAGAGCUACUCAGUAUAAAGCUACCGAACCCUUAGGGUGAACAGUUUGUAUAAACUACACAUAGUCCAGAGCUACUCAGUUUAAAUAAAGUUAGUUAAGUUUCUACUUCUUUUGAGGUAACUUUGUACCAACAAGGGAUGCCAGAACACUCACAUCUAGAGAACUCACAGAGCUAUCCAUGUAGUAUAUGUAGUUUAGUUUAAAUUUCUGUUUUAUCACUGGACGUUUAAAGAGAUACAUCAGUUUAGAACAGUUUAGUUAAUUGGUUUUCUCCUGUAGUUUAUAACACUGGAUCAACAAGGAUUGAUCUUUAGGAAGAUUUUAGAACUAAUAGAGCCAUUCAGUCUAAAUAAAGUUAGUUUAGUUCAGAUUUCCUCCUGUGGUAAUACUGGAUCAAUGAAGGAUGACCCUCACUGGACCUCCAGGGAGAACAGGAACUGAUAGACCUAUCCAGUACAAAAAAAGUUAGUUUAGUUUAGGUUUCCUCUUGUAGUAACAUUGGAUCAAUAAGAGAUAAUCCUUACUGGACCUCUAGGGAGAACAGUUUAGAACUGAUAGAGCUAUCCAGUAUAAAUAGAGUUAGUUUAGUUUAGGUUUCCUCCUGUAGUAACACUGGAACAAUAAGAGAUGAUCCUUACUGAACCUCUAGGAAGAACAGUUUAGAACUGAUAGAACUAUCCAGUAUAAAAAAAGUUAGUUUAGUUUAGGUUUCCUCCUGUAGUAACACUGGAUCAAUAAAGGAUGAUCCUUACUGGACCUGUAGGGAGUACAGGAAUAUCAAGCUAUCCAGUAUAAAUAAAGUUAGUUUAGUUUAGUUUAGUUUAAUUUAGUGUUCCUUCUAUAAUAACACUGUAUAAAUACGAGAUGUUCCUUACUGGACUUCUAGGGAGAACAGUUUAGAACUGACAAAGCAUUAAAGCUAUUCAAAGUUUAAAUUAUUAUAAGCAAUUCAAUCUCAGGCCUUAUAUAAAAACAAUAAAAAAAACAUAUGCAACUUUUAUCAUGUUUAACAUUGACAACGAGCUAAUGAGGGACCGUACGAUACAUUUGGGUAUAACAGGGUACAGUUAGGUACUCUACAGUACGGAAUAUUAGAGUAGAGGAUAUUUAAAGUACAGGUUAUAUAAGAAUGAUAAACAGGUGAAGAUCUCUUUAUUAAGCAAGAUGUAAUGUUGUGUAAGUACAUAUAUUAAAGUUAAUAAGCAAAUAGCAAAAAAACCCGCAUGAAAUAGUAGGCAAUUGGUAUUUUUAUGGCAAGAAAUGUUGGCACUUUCAUAAACGAACUAAAGGGAAUCAUUAUUGAUCAAAAUGUUCAUUAUUUUUCAUUAGUCUUGGAUGAAAGCCCAGAGUAUCAAAUAAAAGGAGAGGAUUCUAUCUUUCCAGAACCUUGCAGCGAAGAUCGUUGUAACAAUGUAAUAAACAAAACUCCUCAAUCUAUGGUAGAAUUCUUAGAAUUAAAAGACAUUUACGAGAAAGUCCAGAGUCGUGCAGGAGGAGGCUCACAUCAACGAGUUGCGUCGGGUUUGAUAAACAUUAAAGCGACUUCCGAGGGACAAUUGUGCGGUAUGAAUGUAUUUGUACAAAGAAUGCCCGAAGCUGCAGCAUUAUGUGGAGAUGUAAACGGAAGAAUACCGUUAGAAGUUAAUCAUGAAGAUUAUUUUAAGAAUCAGGUAUGUACAAGACGUUAUGAGGACUGAAUGCUCAGAAUAUGUAUAGCCAAUUAACAACCAAAACAUGCAAAUUUUAUUUAAAUAAUUCAUGAGUUAAUCAAGCAACAAACUAAAUUAACACCUAUAAUUAACUGACGAAUUGACUAUCUAAUUAUAUUUAAUUAACUAAUUAAUUAUAAGUUUAAACAAAUAACAAAACUAAUUAACCAACUAGCUAACUAACUACAUUUAAUAAUUUUAACUGUAAAAAAUACCAAAAAUAGGAACCAUUUUAGAGUAUAGGACACAUUAUUUAAAGUAUUUAAUUAACUAAUUAAUUAACUCUAAAUAUUUCUUGUAUCUUCAGAUAUGGUGGCAAUAAAGAAUUUUACUAAUUACAUUGAAUUAACAAAGUAACAAACAAACAAACAAACAAACAAACAAACAAACAAACAAACAAACAAACAAACAAACAAUUAAACAAAUAACAAACUAAUUAACCAACUAUAAAUAUAACUUUCAAGGCAUGACUGAGACAAAAUAUAGGGCUUCCUGCAUGUACAAGUAUACACACUUGUACAUACUGUAUUUACUGGAUAUAUUUAUAAAACAACUUAGCUAAUUUGAUAAAUAUUCAUCUAUUUGCAGCAAUUAUUUUCAGUCGACUUGGAUUCAGUGUACAAUACUCCUAAUGGAACUCCAGUUUAUAAACUGGCCACAGUGGAUGCAGAGAGAAGGAAUCUCUUUCAGUUAAUCGUUUCUCUGAAAUUGAUUGAUGGAACAGAAAGUGGACCAUUUAUGAGCAAACCGUUCUUAAUACGAAGUAGAAAACCCGGUAGUCGUUCAAAUUCAUUUGAAAUAAGCUGAAGACAAACACUACCGAGUCAAGAUUGGAUGUUUCAUUCAUACAGAGUAUAUGACAUUCCAAAAAUGGAGUUUAUAACCCGCUAUCAAGACAAAGAUGAUAGACAGAUUUACUAACAAUUUCACAUCGCAGUUUCACAUUGCACGAAUUAGAAAUUUCAAAAAAUAUUACAAUUAAAAUAUCUUAAAAUAUAGCCAUCGUAAAAUUAGUAAACAAUUUCAUCAUUAGAUAUAACAAGUCUAUCAUUAAGUUAAAUCAACGAAUUUAUAUACAGUUAAAAGGUUAAAGGACAAGCUAACGAUAUAGCCUAUAUAUACACAAAGCAAGAAGAAAUUUUUGUGAUAUCUAUCAUUAAAUACUAAAUGUGCGAAGGUUAUUAUUACAAACCUGGAAGGUACCAAAUGCAGAAGCUUAUGUGAUGGACCGUUAAUGAUGAGUUUGAACAAUUUACAACACAUAUAUACAUAUACAAUACAUAUACGUAACAUAAUCGUUUCCAUUGUGCCAUCGUGCCACUUGCCAGACAAGUGGAUGCAUGAUCUUUGAAUUAAAUCAGUGUGGAGUUGACCAAAUUUUAAAUUAAUGAAUUUACCCUAAUAUCAAGAAUACGAUUUUAAAUGUAUUGAGCUGUAAAUACGAGUAUUCUUAUCAAACUGAACUAGUGAUGUUUCACUGGACUGUCAAGUUUUACACGAGAAAAACAAAACUGAAUAGAAGAAACGUUUUACCCAGCUGCUGUGCAGUUAUAGACUAAAUACCAACGUUUAACUAGCAGAAAAAAAUUGUAAAUUGAAUUGUAAAUAGAGUAAAUGACUGA